AUGUCUAAACAUCUAAUUAUUGUUGCAUUAUUAUUGAUGAUCAUUGUCAAUACAUUGGCCGAAGAUAAAUUACAAAUUGGUAUCAAGAAGAAAGUGGAAAACUGUGAACAAAAAUCCAGAAAAGGUGAUCGUCUUCAUAUGCAUUACACGGGUACUUUGAAAUCAAAUGGAAAAAAAUUUGACUCGAGUCGUGAUCGCGGUGAACCAUUUGUUUUUACUAUUGGCACUGGUCAAGUUAUCAAAGGAUGGGAUCAAGGAUUACUCAAUAUGUGUGAAGGUGAACAACGUAAAUUAGUAAUUCCUCCAUCUCUUGGUUAUGGUGAUCGUGGUGCUGGCAAUGAUAUCCCGGGCGGUGCUACCCUUGUUUUUGAUGUUGAACUCGUUAAAAUCGAACGAGGAAAUAACGACCUAUAA